AAAACCCAGUAGGUACAAAAACUGGUUAAAUCUAUGUUCUUAUCUGAUUUAUAUUUAUUUAUUGUUUUGCUAAUGACUUUAAAAUUUAGGUAUAUAUAUAUAUAUGCAUAUAGUAUAGGUUAUUGUUCUCUCUCACCUUUUUUUUUUUUGGAGGGAACAGGUAGCUCUCUUUCUCUCUCUCUCUCUCUUUCUUUCUCUCUCCUGAAGUUUACCUGGCGGGUUUUAUAGGCGGGGAUGAUUGGGGUGGGAGUGACCAGAGGUGUUGGUGGUUCGGUUCGUUCUCUCUCGAGUUUUCUCUUGGGUUUUAGUUUUGCUCGCGGCGUUGACAUCAUCGCGUGCGCGCUUCGCGUCUUUUUCAAAAAAAAAAAAAAAAUAAAUAAAAAAAAAAGUUUUUCCAUUUCUUUUUUUAAAUAUCGCGCGUCAAACCCCCACGUUGAUUUCGUCAAAAAAAAAAAAAAAAAAAAAAAAAUUAAUUAAUUUACAUUUUUAUUAACUUAAUUUUAUAAAAAUAAAUUACAAAAAAAAAUUAUUUUUUUUUUUUUAAAUAUUUAAAAAGUGCCAAAUAAUGAAAAUUAAAAGGAGUAAUUAAAAAAUUAAAAAAAAAAAAAAUGGUGAAAAUUUGAAAAAAAAAAUAUUUUUUUUUCAUUCCCCCCCCCCCAAAAAAAAGAGUGUUUUUCGUGAUGACUGUGCAUCGUCUAAUAAAUCAAUGUGUGUGUGUGUCAACAAUCGAUAAAACGCGGUAAUUUAUUUAUAUAUAUAUAUAUAUAUAUGUAUUUAAUUUCGUAUUUAUAUACAUAUAUAUGCAAAUUAUGUAAAAAAAAAAAUUGGUAGUUAAGUGUGCUUGUUAUUUAAAAAUAUAUAUAUAUUUGAAAGUGAGUGGGGAAAAAAAAAAAAAUUUACAAAUUAAAAAAAAGUCAUGGCCACCAGGACGAGAAUUCUGUUUAUUUUGUUUCUUGUCAUUUUUAUGGAAAAUGCCCUCGCCACUCGUGGAGUUCGAUUAAAACACGGACAAUUUGGAGUCAGUAUGAGUCUAAAAAAUGGUGGACUCUUUCCAUCGACAUUCAAUGUGGCAGCGAAAGCCGAUAUUUACGUGAAUGCAACAUGUGGCGAUGAUGGACCAGAAACAUUUUGCAAGCCAACGGAAUUUUUGCGAUGCGCCGUUUGUGAUUCCCGUAGUCCCGAUCCUGGAAAACGGCACAAUAUCACUCAUGUUUUAGAUUCAAAUCCAGGAAGAUGGUGGCAAAGUCCAUCACUACACAAGGGCGAACGUUUUGAAUUUAUCACAAUUAUAUUGGAUUUAAGACAAAUUUACCAGAUAGAAUAUGUAAUUUUAAAAGCUGCAAAUUCCCCACGACCAUCAGCAUGGAUUCUGGAGAAAUCAUUGGAUGGAGAGAAUUUUCAAACAUGGCAAUAUUAUGCACCAAGCGAUGCAGAAUGUUGGACGAGGUACUCGGUGGCCCCUGUCGCUGGCAAACCCACUUACACAAAGGACGACGAGGUCAUCUGCACGAGCUUUUAUUCAAGAAAAACACCCAUGGAAAGUGGCGAGAUUCACACACAUCUUGUUAAUGGUCGACCCGGCGCUGUCAAUCACAGUGAAUUAAUUCAAGAAUUUACAAAAGCAAGAUUUGUUCGAAUACGUCUACAAAGUUUAAGGCGCAAUGGUGACACAAUUGCCGAUAAACGACGAGCAUUUUAUUCAAUAAAGGAAAUUAAUAUUGGUGGACGUUGUAUUUGUUCGGGACAUGCUUCUCGAUGUCGUUACAAUGUUCAUCAUGGUCAUCAAGAUUGUGAAUGCGAACGACACACAUGUGGUGAACAAUGCGAAAAAUGCUGUCCAAUGUACAAUCAAAUUGCAUGGAAAUCAGGAACGUCUGGUAAAGGAUUUCAUUGUGAAAAAUGUAAUUGUCAUGGACACGCUACGUCUUGUCGUUUUGAUCCAGAAGUAGAGGAACAAAAUCUUUCUCUUGAUCAUCGAGGAAAAUACAAGGGUGGAGGUGUUUGUCUAAAUUGUACAGAACACACAACAGGAAUAAAUUGCGAGAAAUGUGAGAAGGGCUAUUAUAGACCCAGUGGAGUUUUACCAGAUGCUCUUGAACCUUGUGUACCCUGCGAUUGUAAUACCUUUGGAGGCACUGGAUAUUGCAUUCCUGAUGAUUCAUUCUCUCAAAUGGGAAAGGUAGCAGGUACCUGCGAGUGCAAGAAAGGAUUUUCCGGCUUUCGCUGUGAUCAAUGUGCCGAGGGUUAUCGUCGUUUUCCCGAUUGUUCACCAUGUCCCUGCGAUGAGAGAGGAAGUUUAUUGACAAAAAAUUGUGAAGGCGCAUGUCAAUGUAAAACAAAUGUCAAUGGUGAAUUUUGCGAUCGUUGUAAACCAGGAUUUUUUGCUCUCAACAAGGAUAACAUUCAAGGAUGUUCGCCUUGCUAUUGUUCGGGUAUCGUUGACGAAUGCCAUUCAGCAAAAAUGACUUUUAAAACGGUGUCAAUAAUGAAUGAUUGGCAAGUAAGCGAUAUUAAUGGUUCAAGAAUUGUGAGUCCAACAUUGGAUACAGAUCGUGGUUGGUUAACUAUAGCGGCAUUUGAAGUUGAUUAUGAAAGUCCAUUUUGGCUUGCGCCCAAAUUUUACACCGGAAAUCGUUUGUCCUCCUACGGGAGUAAUUUCACAUUUUCUGUCACUUGGGUUGUCAUGCGUGGAGACACAAGUGGUGUACCAACAAUUCAACCGAAUCUUUUACUUAUCGGAAGAAAUAAAAUGCGAAUUGCUUAUGGAGAGGAAAGAUAUAUUAAUCAGGAUGCUGUAAUAACGGUGCCAUUAUUAGAACAAGGAUGGCAUCAUGUUCCUGCUUCAAUACAAGAUUUAGAUACAAGAUCAUGGACAAUGGAUUAUAAAGGAAGAGCUGUGACGAAAAAUGAAAUGUUAAGCAUUUUGGCUGAUGUCAAAUAUAUUUUAGUCAGAGCUCAAUAUCAUUCUGAGCAAAUUGAAGGAAGUAUAGUAUCAGCUGAAUUGCCAAUUGGUGAAAUAACAAAAAAUUUCGAUGAAAAAGAAAGUCUUGUGGAAGUUUGUAAAUGUCCUAAAGGAUAUACAGGAUUAUCGUGCGAGAAAUGCGAAUGGGGUUAUGUUAAAGCUGAUGGCAAUGAUUCAAAUGAAGGAAAUCGACACGAAUGCAUAAAAUGUGAUUGCAAUGGACAUUCCUCUUCUUGUGAUGUUUUAGUCAGCGAAUGUCAUAAAUGUGAACACAAUACAAUUGGUCCAAGAUGUGAUCGAUGUGCAAUAGGUUACUAUGGUGAUGCCGCAAAAGGAACACCUGAGGAUUGUAAAAAAUGUGCAUGUCCACUUUCAAUUGCAUCGAAUAAUUUUAGUCCCAAUUGUCAACUCGAAGAUCCUGGCAAUAUUUUUAGUGGUUAUGUUUGUACACAAUGUCCAGUUGGUUAUACAGGUGAUCAUUGUGAAAGUUGCGAUGUGGGAUAUUUUGGAAAUCCUUUAAUUCCCGGUGGAAAUUGUAAACAAUGUCCCUGCGGUGGUGGAUCAUGCGAUCAGGAAACAGGACGUUGUCUGGAGUGUUUAGGCAAUACCAUUGGUUGGAGUUGUGAAAAAUGUAAACCAGCCCACUAUGGUGAACCAUUGGAGCGAAAUUGUAUGCCCUGUAAAUGCGACCCUGUUGGCAGUAGUUCCGAUGUUUGUGAUAUAAAAACGGGCCAAUGCUCCUGUAAAUCUUUAUUCGAUGGACGCGAUUGUUCAUCUUGUAUCGAGGGAUAUGGAAAUAUCACUGCAGGUUGCAUUGAAUGUGACUGUGAUUUUGGCUCUAUCGAUGGACGUUGUGAUCCAAUAACAGGCGAAUGUAAUUGUAAAACAGGCGUCUCUGGAAUUCGUUGCAGUCAAUGUGAAAUCGAUCAUUAUGGAUUAUCGGAAAUGGGCUGCACAAGUUGUCGAUGCAAUAUUAUUGGUUCAACUUCGUCGGGAUGUGAUUUGCUAACUGGUCAAUGUUUAUGUAAACCUUUCGUUAUUGGCAGACAAUGCGAUCGUUGCCAGAACGAGUAUUGGGGCUUAACAACUGGUUUAGGAUGCGCUCCCUGUGGCUGUGAUCCACUAGGAUCAAUUGAUGGUUCAUGUGAUGAUAAUUCAGGACUUUGUCGUUGCAAACCAGGAGUCGGAGGUACUAGAUGUGAUAAUUGCCUACCAAGAUACUAUGGAUUUUCUGAAAAUGGAUGUUUAGAAUGUGACCCCUGUGAUCGCUUGGGUCAUAUAUGUGAUCCGGACACGGGACGUUGUGUUUGUCCGCCUUUAACCUUGGGAGAGAAUUGCGAUCGUUGUAGGCCAGGUUCCUAUGAUUUGCAACCGGGCAUUGGUUGUAAGUCUUGUGCUUGCACACCAGGCUCCUUAAGAUCACAAUGUUUACCAAAUGGACAGUGCCCAUGCCGAGAUGGCUUCGAUGGUCUCAGGUGCGAGCAUUGUGCAAAAGGCUAUUACGGUUAUCCAAAAUGUCGACCUUGCAAUUGUAAUUCCGAUGGUACACUACCAUGUCCAAAUGAAUCGGGAAUUUGCGAUUGUGACUCCAAUGGACAGUGUCCCUGCAAGAAAAAUGCAAUUGGUCGUCGAUGUGAUCAGUGCACGGAAGGAACAUUUGGUCUUGCGGCUGACAAUCAUAAAGGAUGCACCGAGUGCUUUUGCUUUGGAAGAACGACUCUUUGCCGACAAGCUGGCCUCAGUUGGGGACAAAGACGAUUACAAAGACCCAGAGUUUUGUAUAUUAAUGACACAGUGAAUGACAUUGUGGUUUCAAAUUAUGGAUCGCCAUUUAUUUUACCAACGUUUUAUCGUGGAUUAAAUAAAACCAAUGGAUUGACAGUGAUACCAGAAACAGAAGGCGAUGUCACAUUUCCUUCCAAUCUCAGGCCUGAAUAUCCGCUUUACUGGCAACUACCAAAGGCGUUUUUGGCUGAUAAGGUUAUUUCUUACGGUGGCUUUUUACGAUUCACUACUGCGGUAUCGGAUGAUGGUUACCCUCUACCAUCAAGCUAUCGAUAUCCGCUCGUUCAAAUUCAGGGCAAUAACAGAAUUAUACUCGAGCAUUAUCAACAUUUUCAAGACGCGGACAAUAAUAAUAAUAAUAAUCACUAUGAAGUCAGAUUUCAUGAAUCUUUAUGGCAGCUGCAAAAUCGACCUGAUUUCAAAGUAACACGAGAAAUUUUAAUGGUAGCUCUUCAAAAUUUGCAGAAUAUUCUUUUACGAGCCACGGAUUAUACAGAUUUUUCCAUGGCGGCGUUGUUGCACGCAUCAAUGGACGCUGCAGUGCUGACACCCACUCAUUCUCCGCCUUUGGCAACGGGUAUUGAGAUUUGCGAAUGCCCACCAGAAUAUAACAGCACCUCGUGUCAGGAUCCAAGCAUUGGUUUUUAUAGAUGGCAUGAGAAUAAUAAUAAUAAUAAUAAUAAUACAAACGCAGUUUCCACCAUUGUCAUUGAUCUUGUGGGUAAAGCAAAACGUUGUCAAUGUAGCGGAAGAUCCGAAAUUUGUCACACCGAAACUGGUUAUUGUUUGAAUUGUAGAGAAAAUACAGCUGGACCGAAUUGUAACAUUUGUGCCGAAAGUUAUCAUGGUGAUCCAAAUUUUGGUGGAUGUAAAGCUUGCCCAUGUCCUCAGUAUGAUAAAAAAUUUUCAACAGGCUGUAAAGUUUUAGAUAAUAACGAUGUUGUUUGUCGUUGCAAAAAUGGUUACACUGGUCCUCGAUGCGAGAGAUGUUCUUAUGGUUAUUAUGGGUUUCCGAACAUUCCCGGUGGUAGUUGUAAAGCCUGUAAUUGUAAUUCAGCCGGAAGUGCGAGCGAUGAAUGCGAUCAGGAAACUGGACAAUGUAAUUGUAAAUCUGGAUCCACGGGAAGAGAUUGCUCAGAGUGUACUGCAUAUCGUCAUGUUUUUAUUGACGAUAUUUGCACAUCUUGCAAUGAUAAUUGCACGGGACUAUUGUUAGACGAUUUGGAAUUCAUAACAAAUAAAUUGGAAUUAGAAACAGAACAUAUUUCAAUGGGUGAAAUUCCCGCACCUUGGGAACAACUUUUUUACAUUGAUUCAAAUGUAACAAUAUUUUCACAAGAUUUAAAGCAACGUAAAGAAUUACAAGGAAAAUUGGAAACACUACCGAGGCAUGAUUUUAAAAAAUUAUUACAGGAUUCGGAAAAAUCGUUACACAAAUCUAUGGAAGAGGAGAAUGAGGCAAGAAUUUUAAAAAUAAAAAGUGAUGAAUUACAAAAUAAUGUCACAAAUAUUAGAAUUGAAUUUGAAGAAAAUAAAAAGAAAAUAAGAGAUAUAAUUUCACAAUUAAUUCAAUAUGGAAAUGAAAAUAAAAAAAUUCGUCUCGAACAUGCAUUAAAGGAGGCAAAUUUAAUUUUGGAAAAUAUGAAAAUUAUUAAUUUUCCCAAUAAAAGGAGAAUUUUGGAAAAUAUGAUUGAGGAAUUUGCCGAUUAUAUUGAAUGGUUAAAUUCACUUUAUGAUCCAAGUGAAGAAUUAAAAAAAACAAAAAAAGAAACUGCAAAAUAUCGUGAAAAAUUGGAAGAUUUAGAAAUAAAUAUUGAAAAAUUAAUGGAAACAUUUUUCACAUACGAUGGACUUUAUACGGAACUUAAUAAAACAUACAAUCAAAUCGAUGUAAAUCGUAAUCAAAUAAAUAAUUUAAAUUCAGAAAUUAAUGAAUGGAUUAAAGAUGGAAAGGAAUUAAUUGCAGCAUCAGGAGGUUGUGUAAUUGAUGCGGAAAAUAAUUUUCAGGAUUUUCCAGAAAUGCAGAAAAAAUUGAAUGAAAUGAGGGAAAAUUUAAAAGAUAAAGAGGAAAUAAUUUAUAGAUUAAAUUUUGAAUAUGAAAAUAAAUUUGUAAUUCCAGCUGUUGAUCAUGCGAGAAAUCUUUCGGAUUAUGCAGAUCGUUAUGUCGAUUUAUUUUCAGAAACUCGAAAUCAAGCUGCAAAUCCAUUAAAAGCAAGUCAAGCUUAUAAAAAUAUUUACGAUAAUUUGCAAAAUGCUGAAAACGCUGCGAGAGAAACGAAUAAAAUUGCCGACGAUGUUUACGAAAAGGUCUAUCCAAAUGGACCAGAUACAAAAUCACUAAUUGAUGUGACAGGAGAAAUGUUGGAUAUAUCAACACAACAAUUGGAUAAAGUUAAAGAGUACAUUGUCCCAUUGUCAAAAUCAAGACAAAGUGUUGAAAUGCAAAAACAAUCUGUCACUGAUUUAAAAAAUUCAUUAAACAACACUGGUAAUAAAGACAAUGAAAUAAAUAUUAAACUACGAGAAUUGCAUAAUCAAAGGAAAAAAUUGCAAGAAGAUUUACAAUUAAUUUUAAGCAAAAAUGAAAAUUUUAUCGAAUCAAUACAAGAGACAAGAAGAAUUGUUGAUGAUUAUAAGGAGGGAAUAGCCAAUGGUUUGAGGCCAAAAUUACAUGAAUUGAAACGCGAGGGUGAUUCAAAAAUUAGCCUUGCAAGUGAACAAUUGACAGAAGCGCAAAAUAAUAUUAAAAGAGCGGACGAAAAACUUUUGAGCUUGGCAACUGCAUCGGCAAAACGUCAACAGGAAUUUGAUAAAUGGAAUGGAACUCUUGCGGAGAAAUUGCAAAAAUUAAAGAAUAAAAUUGUUGAAGCUAAAAAUUCCGCUCAUGGGAUUCGCAUUUCUUUGAAAUCAGCAGAUGGUAAAAAAUGCAUUCGAUCUUAUAGGCCAGGAUUUUUGCAACCAUCUUCAACAACAACAAUUGUCAUGACUUUUGCUGUUGCAAAAAACAAAAAGGAAGGUUCACUAUUUUAUCUUCCAAGUGGAAUAAAUGAUGAUUUUAUGGCUCUUGAAAUGAUUGAUAGAAAAAUAAGAUUUAUCUGGAAUGUUGGAGGUGGAACUGGAUUUGUCACACAUCCAGAAAUUUUGGAAAGUGGCGAUUAUUCGGAAGAUAAUUUUUGGUAUCGAAUUGAAGCCGAAAGAACAAGAAAUGUUGGCAAAUUAAAUGUACAUAAACAAAUAUCAAUGUCUGGAAAUUAUCUUCCGCAAGUGAAUUCAACGAGUGUUGAAUUUGGUCGUUUUGAUGUAUUGGCAACUGACAGAAUUUGGUUGGGCGGUGUUCCUGAAUCUCAACGACGACCCAGUGAAUUAUUAGCAACAAAUGGAUUGCCCGGUUGUGUUCAUCAAGUUAUUCUCGAUGGUAAAACAAUUGGUCUUUGGAAUUUUGUUUCAACAGCUCCUGAUAUGGCUUGCCAGGCUUGCGUCGAAGGGGUUGAAGAUCCACGUGAUGACAUUGCCUAUAGUUUUAAUGGUGAAGGUUACGCCGUUAGAAAUAGAGUAACAUCGGGACCUUAUAAUAAAUAUACGUUUGGAAUUUCUCUAAGUUUUCGAACUUUCGAUGAGAAUGCUCUUCUUUUCUUGGCUAUAAAUCCAAAAAAUAAUCAACAUGUAAUGAUAUUUCUUCGUGAGGGACGUGUAUUUUUACAUAUUGGCUAUGGUGGUAAUGUCAGUAUGGAAAUGUAUUCAAAUCAUAAAUACAACACUGGUAAUUGGACAAAAGUCGAUGCAUUUAGACAAUAUCAAUCGCGUAAAAAUAUUGAAAAAUGUAUUCUAAGUGUUGGUGGUGAUAAUGAUAAAAAAUUAGUAGUACCAACGCCACAGCCAAAAAAAGAAGACAUUCCCGAUUUUGAAGAAGCAAAAUAUUACAUUGGCGGUGUACCACCAAGUUUUAGAAAUGAAGAUUUAAUUUUACCACGACCAGUUUCAUUUCUUGGUUGUAUGUCAAAUAUUGUCGUACAAGAGGGUUACGAUCCAUUGGCGGAAAAAUAUUACGGCAUCGAGCCUAGCUGUGGCAAUAGGCCACUUAGAAUUGUUGGAUUUUACGGUGAUGGUUACUUGGAACAUUCAGCAAUUAGUCUUAAGAAAAUAUCAUCAACGAUAAGUUUUUCAUUUAGAACAUUACAAAAAGACGCUAUGAUUUUAUUGUCAACAUUCCAAGGUCAAGAAGAAAAGCAAAGUACAAACGAUUCGAAUAAGGAUAAUUAUUAUUCAAUUGUCCUAAUCAAGGGACAUAUACAAGUUCGAUUAAAUGGUGGUAAAGGAGAAAUAAUUGUUCAAUCAAAUGAAACUUACAAUGAUGGAAAAUAUCAUUCGAUUCUUAUUAGUAAAAAACGAAAAGAAAUUGAAUUAAGAGUUGAUGAUUCUUAUCAAGGUAGUGGAAAAUUACCAACUGGAACUGCAAUAAAAGCACCCGAUACAAAUGGUGGAUUAUAUUUUGGUGGACUUCCGGCAUUAAUAAAUAAUACAAAAAUGGUUUCAACCGCUGUACCACUUUAUGGUGCAAUAAGAGAUGUUUUAAUCAACGAAGAGAUUCUUAGAUUUGAUGAAGUGACAAAUUUCGAUCACGCUCAAAUUGGAAGAAGUGGUCCCAAUAUGGGAAAAGAUCCUCCAAUUUACGUACCUUCGGCAUCAUUAUCAAGGGGAAUGUCCACUCAACCUGAGGGAUGUCAAAAAGUUCCCUACUAUUCCCUUGAGCCUGGUGCACUUAAAUUUGGCGACAAAUCACAUAGUCAUACACAAUUUUACAUUGCAAUUAAAAAAUUCUGGGAGAAAAAAUAUGCAAUUGAAUUUGAUUUUCGUACUUAUUAUCCUAAUGGAAUUCUCUUUAUUACUCCUGGAAUAAAACAAAAACCCUAUUUAAUGGUAGUUUUACGCGACGGACAAUUGUCGUUACAAAUAAAAGCGCGUCACAAAAAGGAAAUUAUUUUUAAAUCCCCAUUAAAUGAUGGAAAUUGGCAUCACGUUGUAAUACGACAUGAGGAGAGGAAAUUAACAUUGAUCGUUGAUUCACAAACGCCAAGAACAAUAAAAAUACCAAGAAAAAUUGGUUUGGCGUCAAUGAUGUACAUUGGCGGUUUACCAGAAAGUGGAACACCAUUGCCCGAGCAAGCUGUGGCUAAAUUAGAAACUCUAAAAGGAUGCAUUCGUGGUUUGAGAUUGAAUGGAAAUAUUUUCGAUAUGGUUGGAUCAACGAGUAGGGCCUACAAUGUUGGACAAUGUUUUCCUAAUGUUGAGAGUGGAGCCUAUUUUCAAGACGAAGCCUACGCAAUUUACAAAAAAGACUUUAAACUAGAAGGAAGCUUGGAACUGGAACUUGAAUUUAAAACAUCGGAACUUUCUGGUGUACUACUAUCAAUAACAGCGCCAAGUGGCUCACCAUCAAUGAGUUUGGAAUUGAAUAAUGGAAAAGUAAUAAUGUCCGCCGAUCUCGGUGACAAUAAUCCUCUCUAUGUUGAGCAACGUUUUUCAAGUUCUUACACAGUUUGUGACAAUAGAUGGCACAAAAUACAAGCUGUUUACAAUGAUGAAGAAUUAGCACUCAAAGUUGAUGAUUUGGAUCAAAAAUAUGGUCUUCCUGCAAAUAUUAAUUAUCAUUCUCUCGAUGAUACGGCAGCGAGUCCACUUUACAUUGGAGGUUUACCAGCUACAACGCCGAAGGGAACAUUAAUGACACGCGAUCAUUUUAAUGGAUGCAUAAGAAACGUUAUGAUUGGUGGAGAACGACGAGAUUGGACGGACAUGACCGAAUUGCACAAUAUUCAUCUUAGUUCGUGUCCAGUUCAAUGAAGAGGAAAAAAAAAUUUCUUCGAUGAAUAUUUAUAUAUAUAUAUAUAGUUUCCAAAGAUUGCACUUCGGUAGAGAUCCAAUCUAUAUAUAGUGCCAUAAAAAACACUAACGUCCGAAAAAUAGAGUUUAAUACUGCCGUGAAAAACUAACUUGUUUUUUUUUCUUAUUUAGGUUAUGUUGUCCCUUUUAGAAAAAUAUAAAGAUUAAAAUUAUAGAAAAUUUAAUAGAAAUAAUAAUUUUAAUUAAUAAAAUUUUUCCAUAAUAUUAAUCUCUAUUUUUUGGAAGGAGAAACAUAAACUAAAAAAAAAGUUACGGUAUUUACACAGCAGAUUAUAAGACUUAAAACGAAGCCAAAAGAUGCUAAAUCGUAUUUUUUUUAAUUAAAAAAAAGUAAACAAGAAAAGAAGGGAUUGAGUGGAUUCUUAUUGGUUAGAGAUACCAAUAAUAAUAAUAAUAAUAAUAAUGAUAAAUAUGUAAUUAGCAACAUCACUGCCAUAUCAAGUACAUGUAUAUAUCUACAAUUAACAUUAAUUUAUAAUGCAAAUUAAAGCAUAAUAAUUUUGUUCAUAUUAGAAGAAGAGAAGUUGUAAAUCAGUAUUUAAUGUUACUAUUUAUUCAAAUGAUAGUUUUAAUUUUAUUUAAAUCAACGAGACGCAUAAGUUCUAAAAAAAAUUAUUCAAUUUUAUUACAAUUUUCAUUUAACAGAAUUGGAUUGUCUCCAAUUUAUUUUUGAGCCGAAUUUUUAUUUCUUUGAACUAUUAUUAUUUAAUUCAUUUAACAAUCUGUAGUAUGGAAAUGAUGAAAUAAAAAAUUACCGACAUAGAAAUCUACAAUAUCGACUAAUGGUAAAGAAAUUUUUUAAAAAGAAAAAUAUAAAAAUUACCUACAUAAAAAUCUACAUUACCGACUAAUGGUAAAAACCGAAAAAUAUCCAUAUAAAAAUUACCGACACAGAAAUCUACCUUACCGACUGAUGGUAAAGAAAAUUUUUUAAAAAUUAAAUAUAAAAAAUGACUGACAUAGGAAUCUACAUUACUGACUGAUGGUAAAACAGGAAAAUGAAAAUAUAAAAAAAUUACCGACAUAGAAAUCUACAUUACCGACUGAUAGUACCAUCAGUCGGUAAUGUAAAUUUCUAUGUCGGUAAUUUUUUAUAUUUCCAUUUUCCUGUUUUACCAUCAGUCGGUAAUGUAGAUUUCUAUGUCGGUAAUUUUUUAUAUUUCCAUUUUCCUGUUUUACCAUCAGUCGGUAAUGUAGAUUUCUAUGUCGGUAAUUUUUUAUAUUUCCAUUUCCUGUUUUACCAUCAGUCGGUAAUGUAGACUUCUAUGUCAGUAAUUUUUUACAUUUUCAUUUCCCUGUUUUACCAUCAGUCGGUAAUGUAGAUUCCUAUGUCGGUACUUUUUUAUAUUUCCAUUUUUCUGUUUUACCAUCAAUCGGUAAUGUAGAUUUCUAUGUCGGUAAUUUUGCGCUUUUUUACCAUCAGUCGGUAAUGUAGAUUUCUAUGUCGGUAAUUUUUUAUAUCGUCAUUUCUAUACUACAGAUUGUUAAAUGAAUUAAAUAAUAAUAAUAAUAAUCCGUAGAAAUAAUAAUUCGGCUAGAAUUAAAUUUGAGACAUUAAAAUUGUAAAAAAAUUAUGUUUAUAUGAAAAUUUUUUGUAUUUUAGAGCUUAUUCAGGCGUAUUCAAUGAACAAGAGAAUAGAAUAUUGUAGUGAGAGAUUUGUACUUUUUAUAUAAAUAUAUAUAUAUCUAAUAAUAACAUUAAAAGUGCCGUUACCUGCAUAAUAGCGAUUGUCAAAAAUAAUGAAUUAAGACUGAUGAAACAUCAUUGUAAAAAAUUCAUAUUUAUUCGCUAUUUGUAUGUAAUAAAUAAAAGAAAAAGAAAAUUGUCAAGAAAACUUUUUUUAUAUUAUUCUGUUACAAUAAAUUGUAAGUAAGUGAUUUUUAAUGGGAGAGUA